AUGUUUCAGGAUCGAAGUCUUAUCGCUCCAGCAGUGUUUCUUCGACUUCAGAUCGUGGGGAGAAUAUUCCACAAGGCCCGGGAGCACCUUAUCAACCGCGAACUGCUCUCCUGCCGAGGCGGCCUGGCCCUGUUCACGCGCACGGCGUGGCCGUCACGGUACUGCCCCGGCCUCGUCCACGUCCCGAGGGCACUCGGGGCUGCGCGCCCCCGAGAACCCGGCAGUGUCGGCGGCGGGCGGCGCACAGGGCCCGGUGCCCUCUGGGCGGGGGCUGCUGGGCCUCGCGGCUCCCCGACGUCGCCCUCCGCCGCGGGCGAUCUCCCGCCCCCGCCGCUGCGGGCUCUCUCCGCCCCCUCCCUCUCCUCUACCUCCCCUCCGGCUCCGGCUCCGCCGCUCUCCUUCUCCGCCCUCCGGGCCUCCUCGCCUUUGUCUCCACGCGCCCGUCCCACCUCCCCCGCGGCCCGGCCCGGGACGCUCCCCGGGGUCCGUGUCGGGUCGGCAGGUGCCCCGAGGGCCGCGGGCGGAACGGGCGGUCUCCGCGCUCGGCCGCAACAAGUUGGGGGCGGGGAGGCCGGGCCGCGCGCGGAGGCGGCGGGGGCACCCGGGGGCCCGCAGGAGGCCGAGCGCGCCGAGGCCUCGUCCUUCCGGAUCCCUCUCCGUAACCGGAGCGCCUGUCUCCGCUCGCUGGGCGCGCGCGAGCCUGGGAACAAGCCCGCGAGGCUCAGUCCUGCCCGGGCAGUUCUGUUUCCAGAAGAAACCACAACCAACGACCGGGCCCUGGGCCGGCCGGCCGGCCUCUCCGUUUUUCACCCGAGGCGCAACGGCCUGGGUUCCUGCAAACCCUGGUCACAGUUCCAGGCACCUGGUGGGGCCAACAGCUGUCCACUGCGCUGGACCCUGCGCAGAGCCGGCGUCAGGGCUGGCAGGGCCGUGCCGUCUGGGACCUUGGUGCAGGAUUUCUCUUCUCUUUGUAAACCUCAUGCUGACAAAACGUCAGUCCUGGCUGCUGUGGGCCGCGAACAAGGAACAUGGCUGCCUGGAACCCCCACGCAGGCCACCAUGGCGCUGCCCGCUCGUGACGAGGCUGGACGUGUUCGCUCAGUCCUGCCUGCAAGGCGGCAGUUCUGA